AUGAAAGCAUUAGCAAAAAGUUAUGUGUGGUGGAAGAAUAUUGAUAUAGAUAUAGAAAAGAUAGUAAAACAAUGCAAGCUGUGCUGCCUGAUGCAGAAAAACCCUGUAAAAGUACCAGUACACAGUUGGGAACAUCGAAAAGAGCCAUGGAGCCGGAUACACACAGAUUAUGCAGGACCAUUUAUGAAUCAAUAUUUCCUUAUUGUUGUGCAUGCUUAUACAAAGUGGUUAGAAGUCAUACCAACGACGUCUAUUACAUCUUUAUCAACCAUAAAUAUACUCAAAAAGUUAUAUACCACAUUUGGCCUACCAAUCACUCAAGUUUCGGAUAAUGGUAGACAGUUUCGGUCAGAUAAAAUGUUAAGAUUUUUGAAAGGAAAUGAAAUUCAAGUAAAGUUCAAUGCACCGUUUCACCCUUCCACAAACGGGCAAGCAGAAAGAUAUGUUCAGACAUUCAAAAAUAAACUAAAAGCAAUGGCUAAUGAAGAAGGAUUAUUAUAG